GUCUUUGCUUUUAAAGACGGAGGCCCUGAAGGAGUCGCAGAUGAAGAAGAAGUCGCCAGAAAAACCUCUUCAGAUAUUGAUGAGGGUAACAGAGACGAUGAAAGCACUUUUGGAUGCAUCAGAUGUAUCAUUGGAUGUAUGAUGAUGGGAGACCCGUUCUCAAAGUGCAAAUCUCAAGUAUGCAAGCCCAAAUGCAAGAGGGACUAUACUGAGCAAUGCGUCGAUUGCGUCAGAAGUUUUUGCUCCUACAACAAUAGAGGAGGCUUCUUAGACUUCCAAGAUUGCCCAUACUGCUUAGGGGUGUGCGGCACAAUGCUCAUGCAGUGAACAUUCUCAAUUUUCAAUGUCCAGUUGCGAAAUUUCCGAUGCACCGUGUUCGUUGUAAUAAUGCUCCUGUCAAUAUCCUCCCCCUCACGAAAGAACGUAACUGCAUUUCAAUGUUGCCAGAUUUCCACUCGCAAAUUUGCAGUUGCAAAAAUGCAGUUUAACCAGGAGAAUUUUGGGUGUUUCUAAAUGAAAAUUUCCCUGAUUUUUUUUCUGAUCCCUUGUAAAAAUCUGACAAAUUUUGGGGGAAAAUUACAGGGUACAUUCUCGCAAAAAAUUGAAUAGUUUUUACUCAAUUUCGCAACUUUGGAAUCGAGUUACGUUCUUUCGUCCGGGAAAGGACGAUGUUCGGUGAACAAAACGUAUACUAUGAGUAACUGUACUAUGAGUACCCAUUACUGAAUGUCAAGUGUGACAGUUGUACAAAGUGCACUUUUUUUUCAUUAUUAGUUCAAUAUCCGUUUUUCAAAUCAA